AUGGACGCUGACAUGGAUUCUCCUGGAAAGUUCUCGUCCAUGACCGGCGUUGGCAAGCUUCUAGCUGAAGGCCCAUUCGAGCUCCUCACUCUCAUUCAACUGUUCUUGGAUCCAAUCGACAUACUUGCCUUGCGGUUCACAUGUAAACAUGUUUCUGGCACCACUCGGUCGCGGAUUGUGUGGGUGAACGCCCUCCGGAACGUCAGCAUCGCACAGGGCGUGUUCUUGCCCAGUUUUCCGGUGGAACAAAUGUCGAGUGAUGACCUGGAACAUGCAGCUCUCUCCCCUCAUCAAUCACGGGCUCGCUUUCAGAAGGCCGACAAAACCACGCCCUUCCUCACUCGCCCGUUUGCUCCGCAUUUCCAGGGAGGUGACCUGGCGGCGAAUUCGAUACUUACAGUCCACCUCGUGCCUGGUGGUAGAUUCCUCUUCACCUCAAACCGUCAGGGUGAGGUCCACCUCUGGGAUAUAGGCAACUAUGCUGGAGGACACAUGAAAUCGUUACCCGUUGCCACUUUGGCAGGCUCUGAAGCAAGGCCCAGCUGCGUCGAACAUAUCCGACCUGCAUCAAACUCAGACUCUCUAUAUGUCUUCACAAGUGAGCAGAAUAGAAGGAUCUCUUGCUAUGAGAUAUACCCGACUUCUGAGGACCCACGAUUCAGCCGAAUAAGCACCUUGUGGUUUAAUGCCUACAACAUUAGGAUAACCAGUUCCAAAGAUUAUCUGGUUUGUCACCGACGUGCAGAUAGUUAUUUUACAGUCUGGAAGUACGCGGCAGAUGGGCUUAGUGUCAGUGGGGACAUUUCCGAUGAUGAACCAGGUUACCUAUGUGAGACGUUUAUUUUCGAUAAAAAUGUGAUCACAUUCCAUACUACCGAUUUUCGCUUGUGGACAAUACCUGACCUAACACCGUUGAUCAAUGGCCAUAUUAAACUGGAACCGCAGCUUCGUCUGGCAUACCUCUCUAUAGCUGAACAAGGCCCAAGGGUAGCUCUCCCCUCAUGCUGGCUCCCGGAACUUGCGCAGAACCAGUUUGGUAUCUAUUAUGAUGAAAUUUCAAUGAUGGCACUCUACCAAAUCAAAUCUAUCGAUACUGCACAGGAGUCCGAUCUGCCAAAUAUUCUUCCCAUACAUUCUGGCUCCGUCCAGCAUUCCCAACCCCGAAAUCCUCCCAUUUAUCGUGAAAUAGAUGAUGUAGGGCCACUCCACAUAACAGAAGACGGAUUUCUUCAUAUAUUGACAAUGGCCAGUUCGGAUGUUGCCAUUGGCAUCAUUUUGAAACCUCGCCCAAACAAUCCCACUUGGUCCUUCGUCAGAUCUUCCAUUUGGAAUGAAUCAAGGAGAGACUUUGACUUUGAUUCCGUGGUCUAUGACUUUUGUCCAAUGGCGGGACGACUCGUCAUAUGUUUCUUGGGCCUGAAUGGCCGUGAGGUUCAGAUUUUAGACUUUACGCCUCCCAGGUCUUUCUUGUGA